CGGCCGGAUGUCGAGCAGGACGCGAAGGACGAGGACGUGUCGCUGAACAACGAGGACGAGGACGAGGACGAAGAGGAGGAGGCGGACGGGGACGAGGACGAGGACGAGGAGACGAAGCCGGGCAAGGCCGAGGACGGGGAGAACGAGGACGAAGACGAGGACAACGACGAGGACAACGACGACGACGCCGCCAACAGCGACGGCAACACAAAGCGCCAGCAGCUGGCCUCCGUCGGUGCCGACGGAGACCAGGAGGACAACGCCUCCCCCGUCGUGAACGACGAGUUUGUCACCGCAGACGACCCGAAGGGCGACACGAAGAUCACCGAGCUGGGCGUGCUCAAGGGCGGCAGAGAGUUCCGCGUCAAGACGUUCCGGGUCCCCGGACGCGGCGACAGAAUGUACGCCAUCUCCACCGACGUAGCCCGGUUGGUCGGCUACAGAGACUCGUACUUCUUGUUCCAGAAGCACACAAACCUCUACCGGGUUCGCAUCGACGAGGACUCCAAGAUGGCCUUGAUCAGCAGCGAGUUUCUCCCCGUCACGUUCAAAACCAGAGCCGCAUACUUGAUCACCGCCCGCUCCGCGUUCAAGGAGUUCGGCGCUAGAAUCAUCCUCGACGGCAGACAGGUCAUCGACGACUACUACGAGGACAAGGCCAAAGAGGAGGGCGCCAUCGAGGGCGCCUUGAUCAACCCGGUCCUUUCCAACGACGGCUACACAAACUCUGUCACAGACAACCAGACUCUAUUUGAGAGACAGAGAAACAUCGCUCUCCUGCUCUCCAACAACAACAUCUUGGAAACAGAAACAAGUUGGGUCUACGACCACGCGCUCAAAUGCCGCCAGUUCGACUCAAUGCUUUUCUACGACCGUAACGAGCUACUCAAAAAACAGGUCCAGAGAGACAUCUACACAAACUUGAACUUCGUUCCCAACAUAACGCAGCCAACAAGAUGCAAGAUGUCGCAACUCAAGCCGGAAAACAACGAAACAAAGAGAAAGAUCAUCUUCGACACAGUUAUUGGCGGAAGCAGCGUGGUGGCCACCGGCCUCUCCGACGUCCCACUCGAUGUCUUCGACGGCAGCGUUUCCGAAGACGUGAAGAAGGCCAUUCUCGAACAACAGCAACUCGAGAAA